AUUUCCAAUGACCUAGACGCCAGUAUGUGUUUCAGUUGUGGGGGUUAAACUUUUAUUGCAGGAUAAAAAGUAAAAGACUAAGCUAACCAUCAUAUCACUAUAAAUAGGGGCUCAUAUUACGCUUAAUUCCUCACACACCACACAUACAUACAUCAAAAUUAACAGUAAAAGAUAUCAUGGCUAAGUUUGCUUCCAUCAUCACCCUUCUCUUCGCUGCUCUUGUUGUUUUUGCUGCUUUUGAAGCACCAACAAUGGUGGAAGCUAAGUUGUGCGAGAGGUCAAGUGGGACAUGGUCAGGAGUCUGUGGAAACAAUAACGCCUGCAAGAAUCAGUGCAUUCGACUUGAAGGAGCACAACAUGGAUCAUGCAACUAUGUGUUCCCUGCUCACAAGUGUAUCUGUUAUUUCCCAUGUUAAUCUACCAAAAUCAUGGGUGCUUGUAUUAUUAUUUACCGUUUAUUGUGUGCUUAUUUUCAUUAAAUAAGUCUGUGUCACUCGCUCUAUGAGUGACAUCAUGACAUGUAGCAGAUAUGUUUGUGUUGGUUUGUUUUUAAUAUAUAAUAUUAUAAACUGUUGGCAUGUUGAAAAUCAAA